UUUAUGGAAAGGUUUCCCCCGGCCGCGGGAGGGGCAGGAUUCGACUCAAGGCCCAAUGUGGCCCCGAGAGUGGAGACGGCGGGGGCCGUGCUAAACUCUGUACCUCGGGGAACAAACUGUGAAGGCUAAUUAGAACAGGUCCGAACAGGGAACCGGGAUGAGAGCGCACGCUCCCGGCUGGGCAGCGUCUAGAGCGGUCGCGGGAAACUCGAGCGCGGGGUAGUGGGGCCCAGGGGACAUUUGCCCAUGGUUCGCAGUGGUUCUGGACUAGGCCCACGGGGUUAAGGGCGUGCGCGGUGGCACUCCGACGUAAUCUCGGUGACUGGGUCCUCGCGGAAGGGCCGCACGCGUGAGUUGGUCGCUCGGUGUUUAGUGUCCACGUGUGCAAGCUCGAGAGGGGAGGGGGCGCAGAAGGCGUGACAAAGACGGACUUGAGUGUGCGCCUCUCUCCAGCCCAGAGCAGCGAACUGCGCCGGGCUUGUGUCUCAGGAGAGAGCCAGGACGAAGGUGACAAAGGCUGAGUGUCCGCCUCCGACAGACGCGCCAAGAUAGCUCCACGCCUGUCGGCGUGCGCGCGCGCACUGGGAAAUGCGAGGAGGGACAGUCUGCCCGGGGGGCGUGCUGGGCUGCACCCCAAACCACUUUCCAGAGAGAAAGCCGAGUCCAGAGAGUGAGUGCGCGUGAGUGCGCGCGCGCCCGCGUGCGGGGGCGUGGCAGUAAACAGCAACAACCCACUCGCCAGCUUGGCCAGAAACUCUGAUCUCCCUUCCCAGCCGGAAAGUGCGACUCAGCCGAACCUGUAGGGACCCAGCUGGAACCUGGCCUGGGAGCCAGGAUGGCCACACACAAAGCCUUGCUGAUGUGCCUGGGACUGCCUCUCUUCCUGUUCCCAGGGGGUCAGGCCCAGAACCAUGCUCCACCUGGCUGCAGCCCAGACCUCAACCCCCUCUACUACAACUUGUGUGACCGCUCUGGGGCUUGGGGCAUCGUCUUGGAGGCAGUGGCUGGGGCAGGCAUCAUCACCACCUUUGUGCUCACCAUCAUCCUCGUUGCCAGCCUCCCCUUUGUGCAGGACACCAAGAAGCGGAGUCUGCUGGGAACUCAGGUGUUCUUCCUUCUGGGCACCCUGGGCCUCUUCUGCCUGGUGUUUGCCUGCGUGGUGAAGCCCGACUUCGCCACCUGCGCCUCUCGGCGCUUCCUCUUUGGGGUCCUGUUUGCCAUCUGCUUCUCCUGCCUGGUGGCCCAUGUCUUUGCCCUCAACUUCCUAGCCCGGAAGAACCAUGGACCCCAGGGCUGGGUGAUCUUCACCGUGGCUCUGCUGCUGACUCUCGUGGAGGUCAUCAUCAACACCGAGUGGCUGAUUAUCACACUGGUACGGGCAGGAGGUGAGGUUGGCUCUCUGGGCAAUGGCAGUGCCGACUGGACCGUGGCCUCCCCCUGUGCUAUCGCCAACAUGGACUUCGUCAUGGCACUCAUCUAUGUGAUGCUUCUGCUGCUGGGGGCCUUCAUGGGGGCCUGGCCCGCCCUGUGUGGUCGCUUUAAGCGCUGGCGUAAGCACGGGGUCUUUGUGCUGCUCAUCACAGCCACCUCCAUUGCCAUUUGGGUCGUAUGGAUUGUCAUGUACACCUACGGCAAUAAGCAACACAACAGCCCCACCUGGGAUGACCCCACACUGGCCAUUGCCCUUGCCGCCAAUGCCUGGGCUUUUGUCCUCUUCUAUGUCAUCCCCGAGGUCUCCCAGGUGACUAAGCCUAGCCCAGAGCAGAGCUACCAGGGGGACAUGUACCCGACCCGGGGUGUGGGCUAUGAGACCAUCCUGAAAGAGCAGACAGGCCAAAGCAUGUUUGUGGAAAACAAGGCAUUUUCCAUGGACGAGCCAAACUCAGCUAAGAGACCAGUGUCACCUUACAGUGGCUACAACGGGCAGCUGCUGACCAGUGUAUACCAGCCCACUGAGAUGGCUCUGAUGCACAAAGUCCCGUCCGAAGGCUCUUACGACGUCAUCCUCCCACGGGCUACCGCCAACAGCCAGGUGAUGGGCAGUGCCAACUCGACCCUGCGGGCUGAAGACAUGUAUGUGGCCCAGAGCCACCAGGCGGCCACAUCUCAGAAAGACGGCAAGAACUCUCAGGCUCAGUCCCCGCAAAAUAAAACAAGAUGGUAGACGCCCUCUUCCCUGGACUGCAUGGCACCCUGACGUCCUUAUUCCUCUGUUCUCAAGGGCUCAGCACUUUCCUGCUCUUGUCCUUGGAGAUAGGAGGGACCAGAGGUCACAUUCUGAAGCAGUAGACUGAGUGGAGGUCCUGAGAAGGCCUGAGGCAUGUGACUGGGGGGGUCUUAGGGCCACCUCCCUUUCUGCCCAACUCAGCCUCCUGGUCCCUAAGUGACUACAGCUGCAAGGAGCAGACUCCUAUCUCUUCCCUUGACACCUCCCUGUGUUCCUGUGCUGUGGUUCCUCAGAUGACCAUCGUCUUGCUGUGAACAUCAGGCCUCAGGUGCCCUUGGCUUGACACUGGAUUUUCCUGGCCUGGUCAAACCAUUCUGCUUGGUAUCUUAUCAUCUUGUCCCACUCUGCUUAGGUGAAUCGCCUCCAUGAGUCUGGUUGUCUCUUGCCCUUCUCCCAAGGCAUUCUGCUACCAUUUGGACCUAAAAGGGCAUUGGGCUGGGACACAGCUCAGCCUGGCCAGGCGCUGUUUCUCUUCACAGCUUAUGGGUCCUGGAUCCCAGCCCCUUUGCACCAUGUGCCCGACUGAGCCUUCCCUACUUUCAGUGAACUGGGUCCCACCACCUGCAUAUUCUUUGCUUCCAACUGCCCCCCCACCAACAGGGACAGGGACUACAACACUGGUCCCAACCAGGGAAGCUCUCAUGGUCCAGUGCUUUCUCCCAGAGAGCCCCACCAUGAGUUGGGAAGUUGGAAGACCACCAUGACAUUUGUGGCUUGGCACCAUUUAUGUGCCUCAGUCAUUGUCCCUGGCCUCUUCUCUCUGCAUUUGGUUUCACCCCAGCCAGUUCACAAGGUGGCUGCUGGGACAGGUUCAGGUGUAGAUGCCCUGAAUUACCUACAUCUCACAGGUUCUGAGUGUGCAGUGGGAACCUGCUGGGAGCUCCUUUAGGAAAGAAACACAGUGGGGGCAGGGCUGCUGCAUUCUCAGGAACUAGGGGAGUUGGGUGUAGCCUCUCCUGGGCCAGACUUGUGGGAUGUGGGAAGGCCCCUUAGGUGAGUGGAGUCCAGAACUUAAGAUCAUGCUGAUCCCUACGGCAGGUGUCUUGUUUCUACCUCACCUCGGACAGCCGAUGCUCUUAGGGCAUCUCAACAUGCUGGCGCUGCUUUUGUCACUGGAGGAGCCUCUAAUGUCCUUGGCCUUGGAAACGAUCCUGAGGGUCCUGACAGACACCCAGAGAAGAGGGUGCCGUUCUGGGAUCUGCAUCCUACUGGCGCCAAGGACAGAGAAGAGCACAGCUCCAGAUUCACAGGACAUCGCCACAGCAUCCUCUUCCCUGCCUUUGUGCUGCCCUUAGGUACAGCACAUCUCAGGGCCCUCCCCAAGAGUACCCUAGAGCUCAGCCCUCGGCCCAGGAUCACUGCUGGGUAUCAAGGGAGAGGGCAUCCUGUAGUCAGCCCACAGCCUUCCAGUACCACCCUCCUGUUCCCAGCAGCCUGUGUGCCUUUGUCACUGGAGUGUUUUUCUAAGCUGGGUGAAUAGUCCCUGCAGAGGAUGGCUGUAACCCCAAGUGUAACACCCCUGCCUUUACCUCUUCACGUCUCCAUAAAACCAUGCCAUCUGUGGUUAAUAUUUCCCUUGAACGGAAAGAGGCUUCACGCACCUCAGGAUACUUUUGACCAAGGGUAGCAGCCCCAAGAUCCCUUACAGCAAGCAAGGGCACUAGCUUCCUGUCCUAGGAAACAAUCUCAGGAAUCCUUGGGAACAACAGGUAACCAGGGGUGCAGGCUUCAAUGGAUCUGGGUGACUGGCCUGAGUCCUCUGGAGACGGCAGGCGAAGCUCGGGAGGGAUUGGCUUCUAGAAGAUGCAGGCCUACCUGGACCCUCGAAGUACCCCAUGGUCCUGCAUCCUCCAGUCCUAGCCAAGUGGAGAAGAUAGGUAUUAGGAAAAAAGGCGCCUUCUCUAAGGUGGCCAAGAUGUGUCAUACACAGUCUUUUUUUUGGUACAUCUUAAGCCACUCCACCAGCCCCCCCAUCCCCCACUUUUAUGAUGGUUUUUUUCGAGAUAGGGUCUCACUAUUGCCCAGGCUGGUGUCGAACUAUGAUCCUCCUGAUCUCUGCCUCCUGAGUAGCUGGGAUUACAUGCCUGACCCACUGGUGCCUGGAAAACACACAACCUUGAACAGCAGAAAACUGGAUAGGCCAUAACCUGGUGCAAGUUCAUGGGGUCCUUGGGCCAAUGUCCUUGUAAAUUUCAUACCCACACACUGUCAAAUUCUGUAGCUGGAAGCAGUGUUGUUUCAACUUCUUGAUGGCUCAGAAUUAAAUGACUACUCUCCAUUUGGGAGGGGUUACUGCUACUGAGCUCCUGUGUGUGCAUGAGGAAUUAUUUUGGCAGUCUGUCUAUCUGUCUAUCAUCUAUCUAUCCAUACCCCCUUCCCCCCAGACCACUUGCCUUCUAUACCAGCAAAGGCUGUUUGAUUCCAACUAAUUUCCAUGGUUGGGGACUGACUCUAAGAAGGAAAAUCAGGCUUCUUAAAGGCACUGACUUCUCGGCUAGCCACGCCCAGAGACCAGUGACCACCACACAAGAGAUGGGGAUGGGGGAAAGAGGAUGCCCUGAUAGCAGCCCUGCUGCCACCUGCUGUGGCUGGGGAAGCAACCAGGACAGCCCACUGGGUGAACUACUGAUCCCAGAAAGGGGUGCUGGGCUCAGGGGGCAAUCAAU